CAAUCACAGCUCAGAUGCAAAGUGGCUUGGUGGUCAGUUUGAAGCUUUUCUCUCGAAGUAACCUCAGCGAAUCCAUGAAGAUAUAUGACUAACAUCGACACCCCUUAUGGAUCAAGCAUUCUCAACACACGCAAGGGCGGACUUUAACCGACUUUCAUCGGAUCUGAACGUUUUCAGGUGUCAUUAAAGGGAGCUAGCCAUGAGUAGCGUAACCUCAUUCCCAGGCGGAACGCCAGGAGCGCGCUGCUCCAAAUGCGCGUUAUUGGCGAGGGGGAGGGCGGGACUUUCAGCUCUAUGGAUUAAGCGGCGAGAGGCAAGAGAGGUACUUCCGGUGGAGAGGUAUUUAUCAAUUUUUUCGGACAUUCCUUAUAAUUUCUUUCGUCGAACCUCGAAUAUAAAUUAAACUUGUGGUUGAGAUACUUCACGUUAUUCUAAAUCCGUGAACCGCCAUACCCAACCCAUGGGACGCAAGAGACCGGAAACAGCUUCGCAGUAGACCGGUAUAACGUUACAGCCCAGUAUCCUCUCAGCCUUGGCGUAACAGUCGCUAGCAUGACAACCAGGAGGAGAUCAUUGGUGCCCUCCCCUGUGGCUUGGUGGCUACCAGCAGGCUGUUCCCCCAGUACUUCCUCUCACACCCUGGCCUUGCUGUCCUGUGCAUAAGGGAGGCCUGGUGCAUAUUGAGUGGAUCAUCUGAAGGGAUUACCUCCAGCCAUGGAAGGACUGCUCCCUCACCCCCAAGGAACACCACUUGCAGCGGGCCAUCUCGGCGCAGCAGGUGUACGGCGAGAAGCGCGACAGCAUGGUGAUCCCGGUGCCCGAGGGUCAGAGCGACAUCGGCUACUACGAGUCCCUCUACCCGGGGGACUUCAAGAUGCCAAAGCAGCUCAUUCACAUACAGCCAGCUUUCUGUCUGGACGCAGAGCAGCCCGACUACGACCUGGACACGGACGACGAGACGUUUGUGAACAAGCUGAAGAAGAAGAUGGAGAUCACGGCGCUGCAGCUGGAAGACAUGAUCGACCGGCUGGAGAAGGGCAGCGGGCAGCAGCUCGUCAGUCUGAAGGAGGCCAAGCUCUUGCUGAAGGAGGACGACGAGCUCAUCAAGGAGGUCUUUGAGUACUGGAGCCGCAAGAGGAAAGGCUGCCAUGCGGGCUACCUCAUCCCCAGCGUCAAGCACGAGAAGAGGGACGGCUCGAGCACCAGCGACCCCUACGUCGGCUUCCGCCGGAGGACCGAGAAGAUGCAGACCCGGAAGAACCGUAAGAACGACGAGGCGUCGUACGAGAAGAUGCUGAAGCUGCGGCGGGACUUGAGCCGGGCGGUCACCAUCCUGGAGAUGAUCAAGAGGAGAGAGAAGAGCAAGAGGGAGCUGCUGCACCUCACCCUGGAGAUCGUGGAGAAGAGAUACGUGGCUCCGGACUACGGCAGCGAGGUGAUGGCGGAGACCCUGGCCCAGUGCGCCCUGGUCAAGCCCGUGUACACCAUCCCCAUCCUGCCCCCGUCCAGCAACAGCCAGUACCGGCAUCAGGACCACCUGGACCUCAAGGACUACAAGAAGCCGGAGAAGAGCGAGGUGGUGCGGACCAAGAGGAAAUACGAGAAGAAGCCCAAGGCGCCCCCGCUGGCAGCCCCCGCCCACCUGGGGCCUGCCGUGUUCAGCCCCAAGGACCUCAACCAGUACGACUUCCCCAGCUCCGACGAGGAGUCCUACUCCCAGCUCCUCUCUGGUUCCUCAGAGGCGGAGGAGGAGAACGACCCAGAUGGCGGCUAUGCGUUCAGGAGGAAAGCAGGCUGUCAAUACUACGCCGCUCACCAGGAUCAGAACAGCACCUGGCCGUGGGUGAGCCCCUCCCAGGGGGGUCAAGGGGACCCCCGCUACCGCUACUGUCUGACCUCGCUGACGGCCCCGCGCCGCUGCCUGGGGCUGGCCCGCCGGCGCACGGGCCGAGGAGGACGGCUCUUGCUGGACCGCGCCCACACCGACCUGGACCCCGUCUACCAGAACCUGGACUCGGACCCCGAACCCGAGCACCCGGCCUCCUCGCCCGCCCCCCCUCCAGCGCUGAGCUCACCGCUCCGGGACUCCAACACCAGUACCUCAGACAGCAUUACCUCCGGCUCCUCUCGCCUCCUCCCGGCUCCUCCUCCCUCCUCCUCCACCUCCGCCUCCUCCUCCUCCUGCACCUCCUCCGUCGCCGUGGAUCUGGCCCGGGUCCUGUUGAACGUAAAGUCCUGCCGCUGGAGGCACUUUAGACCACGGACGCUCCCCCACGACCCCUCGGGCGCUGGGUUCAUGUCUCGCAGGGGAUUAUUACGGAGGUUUCAGAGGACCGGGUCGGGACUGAGCCGGCCGCUUGCCGGCGGGGGCCCGACGCAGGCCCGCCCCGCGCCCCCCCCUGUGAACGUGCUGAGCCUGGAGCAGUACCAACAGCACCAGGCCCAGCUGGCCCUCAUGCAGAAGCAGCAGCUGGAGCAGAUCCAGCAGCAGCUCGCGGCCAGCGACGCGCCCUCCGCUGCCAGCACGCAGGGCCUGGUAUCUAAGACCCUGGACCAGGCCAGUGCCCAGUUCGCCGCCUCCGCCCUGGUCACCAGCGACCAGCUGCUGGCCUUCAAGGCCAAGGAGGAGCCGGCGCCCAGCGGCGUCAACGGGGUCCUCCCGGCCUCAGGUGUGUUCAAGGGCUUGCACCCCUCCCCCGCCUCCUCCGCCCCUCACCGUGGCAACCAGCCCCCGGCCCCGCCCGCCUCCGGCCCCGUGUUCCUCCAGCCCUCCUCCAAGCCCGUCGUCGCGGCGUCGCCCAGCCUGCUCUCCUCGUCCCCGCACACGGCCGCCGCCCUGGGGCUGCUGGGCCCCUCCCCCCCCGCCGGCCCCACUCAGGUCCUCAUCGGGAACAACCUCCGCCUGAGCGUGCCGUCGGCGGGGGGGCUGGGCGCGCGCCACCUCCCCCGGGCGCUGGGCGGCGUGGCGCCCUCUGCCUUAAAGCUGGCCGCCGCCGCCGGCCUGCCCCUGGCCAAGGGGCCCGGAGCGCCGCCCGUGGACCCCCGGGAGAGCCGGGAGCCCGAGCCGCCGUCGCUCAGCAGCAUAGUGGACAACACGGUGGCCAUGGAGGUGACGUAGGGGCCGCCACGGGGCCCCCAGAAUCCUCCCUGGGGGGGCGGAGCAUCGGGAUGGCCGAGCGAGGGACGCCGCUGACGCCGGGACCGGGAUGAGGUCGGAGCUCCGGGAACGACGGAUCCAUCCGCGGAGACUCGGCGGCAAAUCUCAUCUCUCAACUGCGUUUUUCUUAAACCGCUCUUUGUUUGUUUUUGUUUAUUUCGUUUUUUUUUUUUUUUUUUACUUUGAUUUCCUUUUUUUUAAUGUUACUGCUAAAAGGUGGAAAAAAAAAAAGAUUGACAUCUGUAAAUUAUGAAUAUGGCAAGAAGAAAAAAAAUGAAUUAAGUAUAUGUACAGUAACUUCACAUUUGUACUUUCCCCUGUUGUAUAUAUGUUACUUGGAUACAGAAGUGGUCCAUUUGUGAUGUUUUGCACUUGGGUUAUAAGAGACUGUGUGUCUGGUGUGUGUGUGUGUGUGUGUGUGUGUGCGUGUCUGGUGUGUGUGUGUGUGUGUGUGUGUGUGAGUAAAUUAAUGUGUUGGGGGUUCAGGGAAGAGGGCCGUGUGGCGAGAGACGGAGUUGUACAGAGAAACCUCUUUUUUUUUCUAAUCACAUCAUGUGCAUGGUGCGGAGUCUGCUGUUUUUUAAAAAUCUAUUUAUUGUGCUGUGUUUACAGUUUUUAUUUUAUUUUUCUAUGAUUUUGUAUCGGUUUUCGUUUCAUUUGUACACUGUACUUUUCGUUUGUUCCUGUGCGGUAGUGUAUGUUUUCUGGUAGCUACGGUCUCCUGGGUAUAUAUAUAUUUUAUUUUAUAUACAUGUUGUGAACACACAAAGCAGGUCUGACACCCUUCGCUCCUCACCCCUCGAACUCUUUUGUAGUUUGAUUUCCUUUGGUCUAUCGGUGGUGGACUAUGCUACUGGCUUGGGGUGGAUGUCUGGAUGGAAGCACUCCCCCUCCCCCCUCUCUCUCGCUCUCUCUGUCUCCCUCUCCCACCCCUCCCCCACCAACCUGACACAAGGAACAAACCAGGGAUGCGUCUCUUCCUAGAAGUGGCCUCCACCUCUUCUGAAUCAAAGCACUAUUAUUUUUUUAUCCGUUUCUAUAUCAAUGCUGCUUUUCUUUUUCCGUUCCAGUUUCUGUUUAUAAAAACCACAACACAGAUUUUUCAAGAGUAUCAAUUUGUUUUUGUCUUCCUCAUCCUUUUUCCGUUCUUGAACUCGGUUUCUUUGUUUUAUUCUUAAGGACUUGACUCUUGCUACUUGUUCCUGCGUUAGCGACGUAGCUGCUACGCCGCUGUCUGCUAAAUCAUUCCAGUUGUUUGACUACAAAACCGGCUGACGUGAGGAAGGAGAAGAGCCACGGGACCCAUUAGUUUCCUCCUGUCUUUCUCCUCCUCUCAAUCCCCCUCGUUCUGUUUUUCGUCUUUUUAAUUUUGUUGGUUUUUUUUAUAAAUAUUUUUUUCUUUUUGGAAAAAGAAUCUUCACGUGGCUGCGAGGCCAACACACCACGUAUCGGGUGCCUUCCUCUGGGGAAAACAUACCUCUCUUCUGUGAAGAGUCUGGCACAAAGAUGGCGCUACUUAGUAGCAGUUCUUGUCUGUGUCAUGCCCAGCCCACUGGCAGGAAACAUACUACCGAGGUUUAUACACGUCCCACACUGGGGGCUGGGGGGGAGGGAGGGGAAUAGAACAUUAAACAAGAGAAAAUGUGACAAAACUUUCACUAAAAUAUGACAAUAAAGCCCAGGGCAUUAAAUGUGAACUGA